AUGGUUUCUAGGGCAGUGGGGAACUUUGCCCUUCCAUCUCAGGAGGAAGGACUGGAGUCAGAAGAAAGUGAUGCCAGGCAGUCAGCCCACGACAGUACAGGAAGCAGACAUUCCAGGACCGGCUCAAGAGGGAUAAAUCAAAUACAGGAAUCUGUGCCUCGACAAGAGGUUAAUUGGCAAUUCAGGAAGGACCGUGAGGCUUCCAUGGCCAGAAUCCCAAAUCCAGAUGCUAUAAUAGUUGGAAUACCAGGGCAUAGAGAGAUUCAGGCUAGACAGAGGGGAGGAGCCCUUCCCGUCCAAGAACGUGAGGCCCUAGCCCGGCCAGAGGGCCCUGCACUAGUUCAGAUUCAGCAGACUCAGCCUAUUCCUCCUAUCUCUCCGCCGUCACCUCAGCCCGCUACUCCGCCGGAAUUUGGACCGGGCUGCCACAACCUUCGCACUCCGGAGCUUCCCCGCCGUCACCAUCGAGCCUGCCUGACAGGACCCACCCCGAAUUUCCCGGAACCCGAGACGAAUCCUGCGGAGACCUCGGCAUCACACCCAUGCCGAGUUCACUCCUUAAAACUAUGUCCUCUUUUACCAAAGAGGGUUAAGGGCCCGAGACUUUCUGCCGAAAUUUCGGCAGAGUCUCCCCUGUAA